AUGCGUAGUAGGGUGCGCGCUGCCCUGGCCGGCAUCCUCGGGCUCCUGGCACUCGCGCACGUCUCCAUCUACCGCGCGGCCGCGGCGCUGCGGCGGCGCUACACGCGGAACGCGUCCUUCCGCGUCGGCGCGGCCGUCGCGCGCUUCGCGUUCGACGCCGUCGGCUACGCGCCGCCGCCGCGGACGACCGCGCGGCCGCGGAUCCCCGCGGCGAUCACGAACCGGUCCUUCGACCCGGACGGCCUCCGCUGCGCGUCGGCGGCCGCGCCGGGCGCCCGGGGCGGGUUCGUGACCGUGCUGGGCACCAAGGGCGCGCCGGGCGACUACGCGAUGGCCGUCGAGUCCGCGCUGCGCAUCCCGGACGCCUUCCGCCUCGCCCGCGUGUACCCGCACGUCUACCUCCACGAGCCCGACCUCCCCGCGGCCCACGCGGCGCACGUCGCCGCGCGCGUGCCGCACGCGGUCUUCCGGAGCCUCGGGGCCGUCUUCCGGCGGCCCCGGGGCACGCCGCCGGAGGCCGCGUGGGUCGCGCGGGACCGGUCGCCGGGCUACAAGACCAUGUGCCGCUUCUACGGCCUCCAGGUCUUCGGCGCCAUGCGCGACCUCGGCGUCGACGCCUUCAUGCGCGUCGACGACGACGUGCUCUUCCUCGGCGCCGUGGCCUACGACCCGUUCCAGUGGAUGUACGAGGCGGGCGCGGUCUACGUCUACGGCACGGCGGUGAGGGAGGACCACGACGUCACGGAGCGGACGCUCGGCGCCUGGGUCUUCGAGUUUUGCGCGGGCAUCGACUGGGGGUGGACCAAGGUCGACUGCGGCGCGCUCCGGGACGACGUCUUCGGCCGCAUGUUCUUCAACAACGCCGCGGCCGGCGCCGACGCGGGGCCGCGGCGCGCGCCGCGCGCGAUCGUCAUGGCGACGCGGACCGCGUUCUGGUUCGAGGCGCCCCUCGAGCGCCUCCUCUGGGAGAUCGACCGCACGGGCUCCAUCUACGUGCACCGCUGGGGCGACGCGCCGAUCCAGACGGCCGCGGUGCGGCUCUUCGCGCCGACGACGGCGCACGCGCGGCUCCCCGUGCUCUCCUACGUCCACCUGAGCGGCAAGGACUACGUCGAGUACGGCGCGCGCGCGGCCUGCGGCGACCCGGGGGCGGCCUGCUCCUUCGAGGCCCGGGUCGCCGCGUCGGACGUCCUCGGCCGCGCGGCCGUGCUCGGCGGCCACGGCGCGCGCGUCGCCGCGGCGCACGGGCCGCUCUGGACGCGCGAGCUCCUCGCGCUCGGCGACUGGGCCCCCUGGGGCGGCGCCGACGCCAUCGGGGGCCUCGGCGGCGCCGGGCUCCUCGACGUCGUCCUCCGCGGCGCGGGCGUCGUCUGCGAGGGCGGCUGGCGCGCGCUCGUGCCGCGCGCGUGCUGCUGCGGCCUGGCCGCGGGCGCGCGCGAGCGCGGCGCGAGCGAGGACCGGUCCGUCUUCUCCGCGGCCGACGUCCUCGACGGCCGCGCCGCGCGGCUCUACGCGCGCCUCGCGCGCGCCCUCGACGCGCGCCUCGGCCGCCGGCGGCUCCCGCCGCGGCGGCCGCCGGCCGCGGCGUCGCCGGGCGCCGCCGUCAACGCGUUCCUCGGCAGCGAGCGCACGGGCAACACGUUCCCGGGCGCGACGCUGCCGCACGGCAUGGCCCAGCUCUCGCCCGUCGUCCUGCCGCCGGCCGGCGCGGGCUGGCGCGAGGCCUGGCGCUACAACAGCGGCUACCACCGCGCCGGGGGCGCGGCCGCCGCGCGCUUCGCCGGGCUCGGCCACACGGCGCUCUCCGGCACGGGGCUCAACGCCGGCGGCGACUUCCUCCUGACGCCCUGCGACGGCGUCGGCGCCCUCGUCCACGCGACGGAGGACGCGUCGCCGGGCGCCUACGCCGCGACGCUCGUCUGCGCCGGCGGUCUCCCCUACCGCGUCGACGCGGUCGUGCGCCUCGAGUCGCCGCUCGACCGCCUCGUCGCCGGCGACGUCUGGGCGGACCCGCGGACGCCGGGCGCGCUCUCCGCGUACCGGACGAGCAACAAGACGCACCACUGCGGCGCGCGGCGCAGCGUCUUCUGGCACGCGACCUUCGACCCGCCCUUCGCGGCGUCCGCCCGCGGCGCGGCGCGCGCGACGACGGAGCUCGCGUGGCCGCCGGGCGUCGCGUCCGUCGUCGUCCGCGCGUUCGUCAGCCACCACGACGCGCCCGGCGCGCGGCGCAACGCGGCCGCGGAGGCGCCGGACUUCCGCGACGCCGCGCUCCACCGGCGGCUGGCCGCGUUCCGCUGGGACGACGUGCUGUCGCGCGUCCGCGUCGCGCGCGCGCGCCGCGCGCCGCUCGCGGACCGCGUCCGCUUCUACACCGCGCUCUACCACGCGCACCUCGGGCCGACGCUCUUCGGCGACGCGGCCGACGGCGGCUUCAAGUGGGGCGGCGAGGGCUUCCCCUUCGGCCGCGCGCGCGAGGGCCGGCUCCGCGUCUUCCACGCGCAGCGAGGCGCCGGCGCGGCGGCCGGCCCGCGCGCGCGCGCACCGCGGGCCCCCGGCAGGUACUCGACGUUCAGCCUCUGGGACACGUACCGCGCGCAGCACCCGCUCCUCAACCUCCUCCACCCGCGCCUUGCGCGCGACGUCGCCGAGAGCCUGCUCCUCAAGGCCGAGGACGCGGAGCACUCGACGGUCGAGUCGCUGCCGCGGUGGCAGCUCUUCGGCAUGGAGACGUCCGGCUACCCGGGCGUCAUCGUCCUCGCGGACGCGGUGCUCAAGAACGUGACGAACUUCGGGCGCGGGGCCCGGCCCGACGGCGUGCCCGAGCGCGCGCUGCGGCAGAUGGCGCGCACGGGCGCCGCGGAGCCGCACGUCAACGCGUCGACGUGGAUCCCCGCGGGCCGCGCCAAGGCCGUGUCCCACGCGCUCGAGGUCGCCGUCGCCGACGCGUGCGCGUCGCGCGUCGCCGCGCGGCUCGGCGACGCGCGGCUCGCGGCGACCUACGCGGCGCGCGGCCGCGCGUACGCCGCGUACUGGGACGCGGCCACGUCGGCCUUCCAGGGCCGCACGGCGGCCGGCGCCGUCGUCCGCAAACGCCUCGACGCCUACGACGCGACGGGCCACGGCGGCGAGUCGCUCUUCGAGGAGGGCACGCCGCUCCAGUACUCGCUCAUGGUGCCCCACGACGUCCCGGGCCUCGUGGCCCUCUUCGGCGGCGCGGCGCGGCUGCGCGCGCGGCUCGAGCGCUACUUCUUCAACUCGACGUCCGACGGCGGGCCCGACGCGCCCGUGGACCUCGAGACGGGCUACGUCGGCGGCCACUGCCACGGCAACGAGCCCGGCCACCACGCGCCCUACCUCUUCAACGCCGCCGGCGCGCCGCACCGCGCGCAGGCCGCGCUGGACCGCAUCGCGGCCCUUUACACGGCGCGCGACGACGGCCUGCCCGGCAACGACGACGUCGGCCAGACGAGCGCGUGGUUCGUCUGGGCCUCGCUCGGGCUCUACCCCGUCGACCCCUGCGGCGACCACUACGAGCUCUCGAGGCCCCUCUUCGCCGACGUGUCCGUCGACACGGGCGCGGGGCGGACGCUCCGCAUCGUCGUCCGCAACGCGGGCCUGCCCUACGUGCGCGCCGCCUUCUGGGGCGAGACGCGGCUCGCGUCGACGCGCGUCCCCGUCGCCGACGUCCACGGCGGCGGCACGCUCACCUUCGUCCUGGGCCUCGAACCGGGCGACUGGACGCGGUACUAG